AGCCCAAGGUGCUGCCGUUGCUAGUAGAAGUCGGACUUGUCGCCCGAGCCGCGCGUCUGCCGAGGUCUGGGACCGAGUGGAGCUCGCAGCCGCGGUCCCGGAGCCCACCCUGCCCCCCGCCCCUGCCCGACCCUCGGUGAUGGAGCCAGCCACCGCGCUGCCCCCGGGCCCGCGCCCGGCGCUGCCUCUCGGGGGCCCGGGCCCGCUGGGCGAGUUCCUGCCUCCCCCCGAGUGUCCGGUCUUCGAGCCCAGCUGGGAAGAGUUCGCGGACCCCUUCGCUUUCAUCCACAAGAUCCGGCCCAUAGCCGAGCAGACUGGGAUCUGUAAGGUGCGGCCGCCGCCGGACUGGCAGCCACCAUUCGCAUGUGAUGUUGAUAAACUUCAUUUCACCCCACGUAUCCAGAGGCUGAAUGAAUUGGAGGCUCAAACACGUGUAAAACUGAAUUUCCUGGACCAGAUUGCAAAGUACUGGGAGUUACAGGGAAGCACUUUGAAAAUCCCACAUGUGGAGAGGAAGAUCUUGGACUUGUUUCAGCUAAAUAAGUUAGUUGCAGAAGAAGGUGGAUUUGCAGUUGUUUGCAAAGAUAGAAAAUGGACCAAAAUUGCCACGAAGAUGGGAUUUGCCCCUGGCAAAGCUGUGGGCUCACAUAUCAGAGGGCAUUACGAACGAAUCCUCAACCCCUACAACUUAUUCCUGUCUGGAGACAGCUUGAGGUGUCUGCAGAAGCCCAGUCUGACAACGGACACCAAGGACAAGGAGUACAAACCCCAUGAUAUUCCCCAGAGGCAGUCCGUGCAGCCCUCAGAGACAUGCCCGCCCGCCCGACGAGCCAAGCGCAUGAGAGCAGAGGCCAUGAGUAUUAAAAUAGAACCAGAAGAGACAACAGAAGCUAGGACUCAUAAUCUGAGACGCCGGAUGGGUUGUCCAACUCCAAAGUGCGAAAAUGAGAAAGAAAUGAAAAGUAACAUCAAGCAGGAACCCAUUGAGAAGAAAGACUAUAUUUUAGAAAGUGAGAAGGAAAAACCCAAGAGUCGAUCUAAAAAAACUACCAGUGCUGUAGAUUUGUAUGUCUGCCUCUUAUGUGGCAGUGGCAAUGAUGAAGAUCGGCUUCUCUUGUGUGAUGGCUGUGAUGACAGUUACCAUACAUUUUGCUUGAUCCCACCUCUCCAUGAUGUUCCCAAGGGAGAUUGGAGGUGUCCUAAGUGUUUGGCUCAGGAAUGUAGUAAGCCACAAGAAGCAUUUGGCUUUGAACAAGCAGCCAGGGACUAUACACUUCGUACUUUUGGGGAAAUGGCAGAUGCGUUCAAAUCUGAUUACUUCAACAUGCCAGUCCACAUGGUUCCUACAGAACUGGUUGAAAAAGAAUUUUGGCGCUUGGUAAGCACUAUUGAAGAGGAUGUCACAGUGGAGUAUGGAGCCGAUAUUGCUUCAAAGGAGUUUGGCAGUGGAUUUCCUGUUCGAGAUGGAAAGAUCAAACUGUCCCCUGAGGAAGAGGAAUAUCUUGAUAGUGGCUGGAAUUUGAACAAUAUGCCAGUAAUGGAGCAGUCUGUUCUUGCUCACAUUACUGCUGACAUAUGUGGCAUGAAACUCCCUUGGUUAUAUGUGGGAAUGUGCUUUUCCUCCUUCUGUUGGCAUAUUGAAGACCACUGGAGCUAUUCAAUCAACUACCUGCAUUGGGGUGAGCCAAAAACCUGGUAUGGAGUUCCAGGGUACGCUGCCGAGCAACUAGAAAAUGUAAUGAAGAAGCUCGCUCCAGAGCUCUUUGUGUCCCAGCCAGAUCUGCUCCAUCAGCUUGUGACCAUCAUGAACCCCAAUACUCUGAUGACUCAUGAAGUGCCUGUUUACCGAACGAAUCAGUGUGCUGGGGAGUUUGUGAUUACAUUUCCAAGAGCCUACCAUAGUGGUUUUAACCAAGGUUUUAAUUUUGCUGAAGCUGUUAAUUUCUGCACUGUUGAUUGGUUACCAUUAGGCCGACAGUGUGUGGAGCAUUAUCGCUUGCUUCACCGUUACUGUGUGUUUUCCCAUGAUGAGAUGAUCUGCAAGAUGGCUUCCAAGGCUGAUGUGCUAGAUGUUGUAGUGGCUUCAACUGUUCAGAAGGACAUGGCCAUUAUGAUUGAGGAUGAGAAAGCUUUAAGGGAAACUGUCCGGAAAUUGGGAGUAAUUGAUUCGGAAAGAAUGGAUUUUGAGCUAUUGCCAGAUGACGAGCGGCAGUGUAUAAAAUGCAAAACUACAUGCUUCAUGUCUGCCAUCUCCUGCUCUUGUAAACCUGCUCUGCUUGUUUGCCUGCAUCAUGUGAGAGAAUUGUGUUCCUGUCCUCCUUAUAAAUAUAAACUGCGGUACAGGUACACUCUGGAUGAUCUCUACCCCAUGAUGAAUGCAUUGAAGCUUCGAGCAGAGUCUUAUAACGAAUGGGCCUUGAAUGUGAAUGAAGCUUUGGAGGCAAAGAUCAACAAGAAGAAAAGUCUCGUCAGCUUCAAGGCUUUAAUUGAAGAAUCAGAAAUUAAGAAAUUCCCAGACAAUGAUCUUUUGCGUCACCUUCGUUUGGUCACACAGGAUGCAGAGAAGUGUGCCUCUGUUGCCCAGCAGUUGCUUAAUGGCAAGAGGCAAACCAGAUACCGAUCUGGUGGAGGAAAAUCCCCAAACCAGCUGACAGUGAAUGAACUCAGACAGUUCGUCACACAAUUAUAUGCUCUUCCAUGUGUUCUCAGUCAAACGCCAUUGCUAAAGGAUCUCUUGAAUCGUGUAGAAGAUUUCCAGCAGCAUAGUCAGAAACUACUUUCUGAGGAAAUGCCUAGUGCUGCUGAGCUGCAGGACUUGCUUGAUGUCAGCUUCGAGUUUGAUGUUGAACUUCCGCAGCUUGCUGAGAUGCGUGUCCGUCUGGAGCAGGCCCGAUGGCUAGAAGAGGUGCAGCAAGCUUGCCUAGAGCCCAGCUCCCUGACUUUAGAUGAUAUGAGACGUCUCAUAGACCUUGGGGUGGGACUGGCCCCAUAUUCCGCAGUAGAGAAAGCCAUGGCCCGGCUACAAGAACUGCUGACAGUGUCAGAGCAUUGGGAUGACAAAGCCAAGAGUCUCCUCAAGGCCAGACCAAGGCAUUCAUUGAGCAGCCUUGCUACCGCAGUAAAGGAGAUUGAGGAAAUCCCUGCGUAUCUGCCCAAUGGUGCAGCUUUGAAAGAUUCAGUGCAGAGAGCCAGAGACUGGCUUCAAGAUGUAGAGGGGCUGCAGGCUGGAGGACGUGUGCCAGUGUUAGACACACUCAUAGAACUUGUAGCAAGAGGCCGAUCUAUCCCAGUACAUCUGAAUUCUUUGCCAAGACUGGAAUUACUAAUAGCUGAAGUUCAGGUUUGGAAAGAAUGUGCUGCUAACACGUUCUUGACUGAGAAUUCUCCAUAUUCUCUUUUGGAGGUGCUGUGUCCUCGAUGUGAUAUUGGCCUUUUGGGAUUGAAAAGGAAACAGAGAAAGUUAAAGGAGCCCUUGUCAAGUGGAAAGAAGAAAAGCACCAAAUUAGAGAGCCUGAGUGACCUGGAGAGGGCUUUAACUGAAAGCAAAGAGACUGCUUCAGCUAUGGCAACGCUUGGGGAAGCUCGCCUUAGGGAAAUGGAAGCUUUGCAGUCUCUCAGACUUGCCAAUGAAGGGAAACUGCUGUCACCUGCCCAAGAUGUGGAAAUGAAGGUCUGCCUGUGUCAGAAGGCUCCAGCGACUCCCAUGAUCCAAUGCGAACUUUGCAGGGAUGCUUUCCACACUAGUUGUGUGGCAGUACCCAGUAUUUCACAAAGCCCCCGAAUUUGGCUUUGUCCCCACUGUCGGAGGUCAGAGAAGCCUCCAUUAGAGAAAAUUCUGCCCCUUCUGGCCUCCCUGCAGCGUAUCCGAGUUCGCCUUCCUGAGGGAGAUGCACUUCGGUAUAUGAUUGAAAGAACCGUGAACUGGCAACACAGAGCCCAACAACUACUUUCGUCAGGGAAUCUAAAAUUUGUUCAAGACCGAGUGGGCUCAGGACUGUUAUAUAGCAGAUGGCAAGCCUCAGCAGGACAGAUGUCAGAGACAAACAAGGUAUCUCAACCUCCUGGCACAACGUCCUUUUCCUUGCCUGAUGACUGGGACAACAGAACCUCGUAUUUACAUUCUCCCUUCUCUACUGGACGGAGUUGUAUUCCCCUUCGUGGCAUCACUCCAGAAGUGAAUGAACUGUUGAUGGAAGCCCAGUUGCUCCAGGUAUCCCUUCCUGAAAUUCAGGAACUUUACCAGACUUUACUUGCAAAGCCAAGCCCUGCUCAGCAAACUGACCGAAGUUCACCAGUUAGACCUAGCAGUGAGAAGAAUGACUGCUGCCGAGGGAAACGCGAUGGAGUCAGCAGUCUUGAGAAAAAACUGAAGAGACGCCUGGAGAGAGAAGGCCUCUCCAGUGACCGGUGGGAUCGAGUUAAAAAAAUGCGGACCCCUCAAAAGAAGAAAAUCAAACCGAGCCAUCCCAAGGACUUGAACAAUUUCAAAUUAGAGAGAGAGCGUAGCUAUGAAUUAGUCCGAUCUGCCGAAACUCAUUCCCUGCCCUCAGACACAUCCUAUUCUGAACAGGAGGACUCUGAGGAUGAAGAUGCCAUCUGUCCAGCUGUGAGCUGCCUGCAGCCAGAAGGAGAUGAGGUCAGUGAGGUUUGGGCCAUAGAGGACGUGCUUUCCCUUAACUCAGAAACCCUGUAAGCUAGACCUCAUCUCGCUGGGUCUUUCUCUUCUGCUUGUCUGCUUUGAGCCGAUCUGAAUGGAUUGCUCAGUCUUCCCCCCACUGAUACCUCUGCUCUUAACCAUCGUUCCUGGGUCUCCUCCCUUUCCUUGAAGAAACUCUCGUUCUUCCCUUUUUCCUUUUCUUGUUUCUCCAGCUUUCACCGUCCCGGCGCUAAGAAGGUGGGAGGGAUGCUGAUGUAAUACCCUUUUGCUUACUAUCACAGGGCAGCACUGUCUUACCCAAAGCAGUCACGACUUGAAGAAUGACUUUGACUCGGUUGCUUUGGCUGGUGGGCCAGCUACACUCA